AUGCGCGGUGAGAUCGACUGCAAGGCACCGGGCCUUCAGCUUCUGAGACACAAAGCGUUGGAGAAGCUGCAGUCAUGGCCUAGUCACGAGUUUCUGCAUAUGAAGCGAGAGUGGAAUCAGAGCGCAGAUCGACUAGCCAGCACAGCAUUGCAGAGCGAAAAGGGAAGAACGGUUGUAGCUGAAGAGGAUCGGCAAGAUCUGAUGACUCUGAACCGUCUCGAUGAAUUGUUGAAGCCCAAGCAAGAUGGUCAGCUAGCUCGGGUAACUGCGAUCGCGAGAUCAGCCAGGAGGAUACGUCAUGAACCUGAAGUGAUACAGGAGGAGAUAGUACAGAGGAUCAGGAUUCAACGAAUUGUCCAAGCUCAAGAUGAAGAGCGUUGGAUUGUCAAUCUCAAGACAUAUCUAAGUGGCGAUGUAUCAAACUUGGAUGCGGUAGAAGUGAAGAUGUGCGCCAAACUGGCGCCGGAAUACGAGAUCGAUGAGAACAAUCUGCUAUUUUUUUGCCCCAUGGCGAAAAGAGAGUCGGAAGAUCGCGAUGGUUUGAUGCGGUUGGUGAUCCCUGAGACGUUGCAGCAGGAUUUUUUGCAUCACUAUCACACGAGUCUGGAAGGAGGCCAUCAGGGUAUUGGCCGAACCUAUCAGAGGAUCAGAUCGCGAUUUCAUUGGAGAGGACUGUAUCGGAGCGUUCAACGAUAUGUGGGCGAAUGUACCGACUGUGAGACCGGGAAAGGAAACCCGAUGAUUCAUGGGAAAUCCCCGGGCAAUCUACACGCAACCUAUCCAUUCCAGAUCAUCGCCAUGGAUCAUAUACCGUCGUUGCCCAAGUCCAUCAAGGGGAACACCGAACUGCUCAUUUGGGUCGACCUUUUCUCGGGAUAUGUGAUUGCAAAGGCUAGCUCCUCUCGGACGGCACAAACAAUAGCGGAGAAUUACGAAGAAUGUGUGUUUCGACGCUUCGGAGCUAGCGAGGCUAUCAGGCACGAUCGAGAACCGGGAUUUAUGUCCGACUUCUUUCGAGCCUUCAGUCGGAUCGUAGGACAAAAACAGCGUGCUACUAUGGCUUACAGGCCACAAGCAAAUGGAACAGCCGAACGAAUGGUGCAAACCCUGACACAUUCGCUCAAGAUGUACGUGGCUGAAGUUGACCAGCGAGACUGGGAUGAGUAUGCUGAGCGGCUCACAUUUGCCAUUAACACUGCACAAGAUCGGAUCCGGGGGGAUACCCCGUUUUAUCUGAUUCAUGGGUGGGACCCGCGAUCGACUUUGGAGGCUACGCUACCAGUGAAGAAUACGGGGACACGAGAUCGCGAUCCAAAGAGGUGGAGAUACAAAAUCCAAAGACAAUACCAGCGAGCCCGAUCUGCAGUGAACGAUCGUUUACAAGCCGCGAUCCAGGAGCGAGCAGAUCGACACAACGAAGAUCUGGAACCACACGAGAUCGAAGUAGGAGCGCAAGUUUGGCUAUACCUGGACCGAGUUAAAGAGGGAUAUGCGAAGAAGCUAGCGCACAUGUGGCAUGGGCCAUUCCGAGUUGCGGACGUAUGUGGAGAUCAUGCUGUAAAAUUGGAGAUCGCUGGAACCCCAUAUCGGUUAUUUCCGAUUGUACACAUAUCGAAGCUAAAACAGGUAAAGACGUUCCCUGAACGCCCGAAGGAUCAGCUUACGAUAGAGGGAUCAGAUCGCUUGGAUUUCGAUGAAGCUCUGCUGCCAGAAGACAGUUGGGAUGGCGAUCUUGAAGAAGGGGAAUACGAAGUAGAGGCAAUAUUGGACGUGCGAUCUGGUAGAAAAACCCGUUAUGGGCGAGUACACCGGCAGUUUCUGGUGAAGUGGAAGGGAUAUCCCGAUCUAAGUUGGGUGGACGAGGCCGAUCUAAGUUGUGGGGCGAUCUUGCAAGAGUUUGAGCGGAACCGAGUGAGUCGAAACCGUUUCGACGUAAUGCAGUCUCAUGAAGGCAAGUCGGACGAACCUUAA